CUGCGAGGAGAAGCCCCCGGACGGGCGACAAAAUAACAAAAGCUUUGGGACGUUGCAACCUCGAGCGGGGCUCCCCCCGCAGCUGCGCCUUCGCCCUGCGCGCCCGGCGCGGUGCCCAGUUCCGGGAGCCUGUCAGGAGGGAGGCGAGCUGCAAAAAGGGAGCUGCUGCGGCUGGUUGUUUAUCUGGAGGAGGCGGGGGGACUGGAAACCGCCUGUGUCCCAUUUCCUCUCUCGUGUGUGUGUGUGUGUGUGUGUGGCCCCCCCCUCCUUCCUCUCCUCCCUCCCUCCCUCCAGCCCUGGAUUCUCCAUGUUGGACCCGAUCUGAGGAGCAUCUGCGUCGCUGCCUUCGCGCGCGGCUUCCUCCGGGGUUGGGCAAGUGAGGAGGGAGUGGGCGACAUCGUGCUGCCUUGCGCUCCCCCCACCCCACCCCGUUCCUCCUCCUCCUCCUCCUCCCUGGACAUUUCCCUCCUUUCCACCCCCCUCCUCCUCCCUCCGACCAAAGGAUCCCCAGGGUCUGUGGGAUUGUUAGAUGGAAAGCCGGUCCAUCAUCACCCAAGUGCAGAGGGACGAAGCCUUGGUGCUUUCGAAACAAGUCUUGGUGUCCAAAUCCUCCCCGAAGAAGCCUCGCGGCCGGAACAUCUUCAAGGCUUUCUUCUGUUGCCUUCGCGCACAGAAUGUCGGGCAGUCGGGCUUUGGUGGGGAUCAUGGCCCACACAAGGAGGAGACCAGCACCAUUGCCAAGUCUGAUCUGUUGCAGUGUCUUCAAUACCAGUUUUACCAGAUUCCUGGGACGUGCCUUCUCCCUGAGGUGACUCUGCAAGACCAGGGCCGAAUCUGUGUGGUGAUUGAUCUGGACGAGACCUUAGUGCACAGCUCCUUCAAGCCAAUCAACAAUGCUGACUUCAUAGUGCCUGUUGAAAUAGAGGGGACAACCCACCAGGUGUACGUGCUGAAGAGGCCAUUUGUCGAUGAGUUCCUGAGGCGGAUGGGGGAGCUGUUUGAGUGUGUGCUCUUCACUGCCAGCUUGGCGAAGUAUGCUGACCCCGUAACGGACCUGCUAGACAAGUGUGGAGUCUUCCGAGCCCGCCUCUUCCGAGAGUCAUGCGUGUUCCACCAGGGCUGUUACGUGAAGGACCUCAGCCGUCUGGGGCGUGAUCUGCGCAAAACCUUGAUCCUGGACAAUUCCCCUGCCUCCUACAUCUUCCAUCCAGAGAAUGCGGUGCCGGUCCAGUCCUGGUUUGAUGACAUGGCCGACACCGAACUGCUGAACCUGAUCCCGAUCUUUGAGGAGCUGAGCGAAGCGGAGGAUGUCUACACCAGCCUUGGCCAGCUGAGGGCACCCUAAGGCCUUCCUAUGCCCACAGAGGAACAUUUUCACUCAGUGCCUUCAGUCCUGGCCUGGAGGGGAAGGGGGAGCCGUGGGGAUGGUUCUCCGCAACCCCACCGCAAGGCAGAUGCAAGCACUUUGGAGGCAAUAACCUGAACGGGCAGCGCCAGAGCAGUUUCCAAGCAGGGUCUGGCGGGAUCCCAGAGCCUCUGGCCUUUCCUCCAAAAGCAGGGUCGCCCCAGACCCCGUCCCCAACAGCGCUCGUAUCUAUGCACUGCGAGGAUACAGGGAGCAUUGUGAAGACGCAGCAUUUCCCCAGGGCUCGGCUUCCUCCAUUCGCUGCAGGGUGGUUAGUUCUGGGUGUGGUUUGUGCGGUGUAAGCUGCCGGUUCCCCCUGCCUACCCUCUUCUCUCCUCCUCUAAAGCAAGGCCAAAAGAUUUGGCUGACCCUUUUUCUUUUGUUAUUAAAAAAGCUACCUGCCUCCUCGCUCCCUUUUAGAUGCUCCUGAGAGUGCUGCUCACCCAGGACCUGGGGCACAGCCAUGGGGCCUAGCAGUUUUGCCGCCUUAUCUCCCAGGCAAGGCAGGGCAGGGCAGAGCACUGCCCAAUACUCCUAGCCAGGUGUUCUAGCCAGGUGUCUUUCAGAGGGAUCCUCUCCUUCAGAUGCUCAGGCCACUGGAUUCCUUGGAGGAGAGGCUUUCCUUACCUUGGAUACCUGGUUAGAGAGAGGGGGGAAAGUCUUAUUUUUUUAUGAGGACUUUUUCCUUUUUUCCUAUUCCCUUCCUGCGUUUCCCCUUCAGAGCAGUAGUGAACCCGCAGUUUCAGGGGUCUUGGUCCCUAAUUAUCCUGUUGGCUUUUGGGAAGCCUUUAACUUCUUUUUAUACUGUGUCUUGUGGUUUGGGUUCAACCCCAGAGGGGAAGGAACCCUUUCAGAAACCCUCGAACGUUAAAACAAACAAAACAGUGGCACGAGCGUAGAAAAGGACUAAGGCUAAGUCAGCCGGCCCAUUCCCACAAACUCCACAUUGGUUGAGGACCGAUGCUGCAGUGAUCGCCAUAUUGCUUCGCUCUGGCCUAUUUUUGCUUCUUGGGUGGGGUGUUGGGGACACACAGACCAGGUCACAGGGUUACUAUAAACCUGCCUCAGCACUGUCAGUUCUCCCACCCUCCUUCAGUGCGAAUUGCUAGCUUUGAAGGACAGGAGGGUGCUGACGUUUUGCCCGUGGGUGGCUUUCUGGGGGCGGGUGCCACAAGAGGCGCCCUGCCUUUCCCACUCAGGACUCGUCCUAGGCUCCAUCGCCGUAACUUGAAAAGCCCGGCCCCUCGGGUGGCCUCAGGGAAUCAUGGACUAGCGUGUUAGAAGCUGGGGGUGGGCAGGGGACGGCCUGCUCCAUUGCCUUGCCGUGUUCGUUGGGAGAGCGAGGAGGAACGUCGCUGCGCGUCUGAAGAGACAGCGCCUCUCUUUUCUGCCAGCCUUUCUUAGGAAACGAGCCCCAGAGAAGCAGCUGGGCCUUUUUGCCACACUCUUCCCCUCAGCAUUUUCAUGGCGGCGUCAGCUCUCGAGAAACCAAACGUAGAUGUCGAUAUUACUUGGGAGCGGCCGCCGCCCCCUCCCUUUCUGCGCCUCCCCCCAGCAAUAUGGUACGCUGCCUUUCCUAGUCAUGUCUCUUAACGUGCUGUGAACAAGUGCUUUCGAAGUGCCAUUGGUGGCAACCAAAUACCUUCUGCUCAGCCAGCUUGCUUCUCUCCCUCCCGCUCCCAUAAGCAAUACAUUGCAAGUGACUCCAUGCUUCGCCGUUGUGGGGGGUGGGGGCAGGAUGGGGCCAUUCAGGGUUCUUUUUGUUUCUUUCUGGUGCUGCCUCCUUGGUUUGGACGCAGGGCGGGGGCAGGUAGCGUGGGUCACCUCACCACCUGGGGCAGGAAGCUAAACAGCAAAACCAGGGGUGAGGAACCUGUGGCCCAUCCAGAUGUUGCUGGACUUAGGACUCUCAUCGCCCCUGACAGUUGUCCGGAGUGGCUGGUGGGGCCCAACAACAUCUGGAAGGCUUUCUCCCUGCUCAACAGGACCAAAGCUUUACAAUCCUUCUUGUUGGCUGAGUGAGCAGGCAGCUCUUAGCCUGGCCAAAGUGCUUCUUGAAUUUCCGUUGCCCUUUUUUUAAGUGCGCUGAAUUGGCCACUCCUUCACCUGUGUGUGUAUAUGUGUGUGUGUGCGCUAGGCCUUCAAAUGGUGCUUGAGACGAGCUUGCGGCUGCGACUUCUCUUUCCUCCUCUUGCUGGCCUUGCUUCCACUAUGAGGCGUUACUCUCUUUGCCUCAGCAGCUGUGGUAAUGGAGGUGACACACAAGUCCCUAGCUUCGUGGAGGGAAGAGUUUCUUCUCUUCGUAAUUCUGUUUUCCCCACGACACACAACAGUGAGAGAGCUUUAAACACUGCGAAGUUAAUGUGUGCUAGAAAGAACAAAAACCCUUUGUUUUUCCUUCCUGUUUGAGGCUAUCCUCGCAGUUGUGUCUUUGCCCUUUGUGUCAUCCGAGGAGAACUCACCUCCAUUUCCCUCCCUCUCCUCCUCACGCAACCUGCCCGCUUUUGUCCUUUGCUCAGCUCAGCUCCGAAACCCCUUCACUCGAUGGGAAAACGUUGCACUCCUAUUUUCUACACUCCUCCACCUCGGCUGAUGAAAUGUGCUCCAGAUUUCUCCUCCGUCCCAGUCACGGGACUUAAGAUUUGGGCAAACGGGUGGAAGUUUUGUCAGUCACAGCGUGGUGGGAUCUGUGCGGAGCUGGUUUUGGCUAAGGAGGCCGACACAUGAUAAAUUAAACCGAGCACUCCCAGUUUCAACAAGCUGCGAACGCUUGCUUGUUGAAAGUAAUGUGGAACUACAGAGUCUGCCAAGUGAUGGCUCCCAUCUGGAACAAGCUUGGCUGUGUGAAUUAACUCGAGGGCGGAGUCUGCUGAUGCCCGUUCUCACUCUGCAUCGGGCUUCCUUGGCCUGUUUAAUAGCCAUGAUGAUAACCUGAGUCCAAUUGCCAAUGUUGGGAUUGUGCCUUGAUCAAACCCAUCGAAGAGGCAGCCUAAUACUUAAUCAGGGGUGUGCCUUUUAGAGGUGCCCUGCAUACGCCUCCUACAAAAGCAAACACACACACACACACACACACACACAGAGAGAGAGUCUUUUGCUGUACCCCCUGCAUCCCUUCUUUUCAAACAUGCAUAGCUGGUGGCUUUUGAGUAACAGAGCCCAGGGCUUCCCCCUUCUGUCCCCACCUCAUAGAAGUAUGAAAACAUCAGUUGCCUUAGUCAUGUGUCCUCACUUGCUGGGUGGUUUUUCUUUUUUUUAAAUUUUGUUUUAAUUGAAAAAAAAAAAAAGAUAUCCCAAAACUUGAAGCCGGCACUGCUGCCAUUUCGAUCUCUUUCUAUUUUUGGAAUCUUUGUAUUAACUGCAAAUUAAAGAAAUAAUAAAAGAGA